CGUUUGGCGGAGUCCUGCAGGAGGGUGGGGGAGUUAGAGGGAGAUACCGAGUGCCUGUAACAUGGCGUCGGAGGGUGCCAUCAUCCCGCAGCUAGUGGAGAGUAUAACACAGAGCAGCCCCGCUGCCAGUUGUAGCGUGCCCAUGGCGGGGGGUGACAUUAGUAGUAAUGUACAGACAGAGCUGGUCUUGGAUGAAAAAACAAAAAAGGAACUUUUCACAGACACGUUUUGUAGGGUGUGCGGUGCUGUCCUGCAGUUUGAAUCCCACAGAAUAUCACAUUAUGAGGGCAAGAAACAUGCACAGAAAGUCCGCCUUUACAUUCAGAACAUGGACCUUGAAGAAACCCCAUCAAAAAAUCAAAACUUAGAUCAGCCUGAUUCUCAAGUGGAUGGCAACUCUUCAAUUGACAAAAACAAAUUCUGCAGUCUUUGCAACAUGGUCUUUAGUUCAAAAGUGGUGGCCCAGUCACAUUAUGUUGGGAAGAUCCAUGCCAAGAGACUUCGGCAACUCACUGGAGAAUCAUUUGAAUGGAUGCCACAGACCGAUCAAGCCAACAGUGCCAUGUCACCGAAUACACCCCAGGCAGACACAGAGUCAAGUCAACUGGAAGCAAGUACAGAACAACACUCCUUGCCUGAUAACGAGAUUGAUCUAAAUGACCCAAACAAGUACUGCAAACUCUGCUGCGCUUCUUUCAAUAAAUCAAUGGUAGCCCAGCAACACUACAAUGGGAAGAAACAUGCAAGGAAUGAGGCCCGGAGGAGAAUGAUGGAACGAAUGGAGAAGGCUGGCGUGGAAUCUACUGUGAACGAUGGAAAUUAUGUGUGUCCAAUCUGCAGUAUUACUCUUACAUCAAUAGAGAUGUACCAGUCUCACAUGCAAGGGAAUAAGCAUCAGAUUAAAGAAAACAUAGUUGCUAAUUUAAUGAAGACAUCAAAUAAAUCUUAUGAUUCUUUUCAAGAUGAGUUGGCAGACUACAUAAAAGUACAAAAGGCCAGGGGAUUGGAGCCUAAAACCCAGUUUAGACAGGAAAAGGAUCAGUAUGACAGUGGUGAUGAAGAGGAAUUAGAGGACAGGCCUCCGCUAAGGCAUACAAACUCUAAGAUGAGCGUCCCCUAUAAAUAUAUUGAUCACCAUUCCAUUCCUUAUGCACCAUUUAAUUCAUCUUACCCGGAUGAUCAACGGAAAGCUGCUUGGAAAGCACGCUGGGAAGCUUCCCAAUCUCAAAAUCUAAACAAGGCCGCAUACUUUAAAAUGCAGAACACCAGACACAAUAUUCAUGCCUCGUCCAGUCAGGGUUCCAGCGAUGACUAUAAAGGGUCUUCUUCAGAUGAUAGUGAUAGUUCCCAUCGUAGAGAUAAAAGGCACAAAAGGAAACAUCACAAAGAAAGCAAACACAGAACUGGCACCAAAAUCAAACAAGAGGAAGAGGCUCCUGAGAAGAAGAAGAGGAGACUUGAGGAUGAAUAUUCUGGAAAAGAGGAGGAGAAACAAGAAUGCAGGAAAGAGGAAGUUGAGAUAACUGUGGACAAAUCUAAACAGAAGAAGGAGAAGAAGAAAAAAGAGGAACAGUCUGACAGAGAUAGCAAAAAACACAAGAAAGUAAAGAAAGAGGGGGACCAAAGAACAGAAGAGGAAAUCCUCUGGGACGAAUCCAUACUGGGAUUUUGAAACUCACAAUCUCAGUAGAGGAGAAGUCAAAUUCUUGUAGUGUGUCAAGUCUUGAGCAGAAAAAAAAGAAGUCUAAAAAAAUAAAUACGUUUAUAUAAAACUUGCACAUUCAUGACAAAAUCAUGAAUUUAGUAACCAGGGAAAUUUAACUCAACCAGAGGACAUUUAACAUUUUAGCAGUGUGAUAAUCAAGCUGUGAAAGAGGCUUGUACAGAAUAGUAGCUGGGUCUUGAAUUUGUAUUGUAUUUUGCAAAUUUGUCUUAUGUAAAAUGUUUAAUUUAUUUAUUUUUUUUCUUUUUAUUUACUGAUAUUUCUAGGUGGUAGCUUUUCUUUUUUUCUAGGAAACUAACAUUUCCUUACUACACGCGUUAUACUCGAACAUGUCGGCUGCUAUACAGAAAAAAAGUAAAUUGUAUAAGAAUAGUGUAAAUCUAUAUAUUUACUCACAAGCAAGUUGAGGACAUUUUCUAUUGGUAAAAUAACCAUCUUGGAGUUGCCAUUGUCACACUUUGUGUUUCUUAACCAGUAAUUUUUACAGUUUAAUUUUUAUAUUCUGAAAAUAUGCUAUGCUGGUUAUUUCUAAAAUUUAACACAUAUAUAUAUAUAUAUAUACUCUAUUUGUCAUUCUUUCCACCAUAUUGUGUCCUUUCCUACCUCUGUCAAAAAUAUUUCUUGGCACUCUACAAAGUAAACCUGUUAAAACGAUUAUGGCGAGCCAAAAAAGAGAUUGAAAGCAAUUUGAACUGUUCGUAUAUAGGGACCAAAAACGAAAUAAACAUUAGCAGGGCUAUUCACUAUAGAGUGGUUUGCUGUGGAUGCCAAGUGAUUUAAACAUUUUAGGUUUAAGUAGCAGAACACAAAGCAUAUCUGGGUAUUUUAUUCCAGUUUGCCUACAUUGCCUGAAAUAUUCACACCUGCAGGCCUCUAAAAUUAUGUCAUGAUAUGUUAAUGCAAUGUACCCACCAAAGACUUGAAAACAGUUAACCUUUGUUACAAAUGAGGUUGAAAAUAGUAAAUAACAACCCGUAUGUUUGCUUUUUGGA